CGAGCUUAAGGAAAAUAAGCGCUGUCUUCAUGAAAAUGUAUUUUGUAAUGUUUAACUCUUGACAGGGUAACCAUGGUAACCACCUGAGAUGCACACAGUGAAUUAAAGGCAAGUUGUUGUCUUUUGUGGAAUUUAAUUAAUUUAAAUAACACAACUGAUGACUUCAAUAUGGCCCAUAUGGCCAGAAUGUUAGUAUGCAUUUUAGUAACUAAACAGCGUCAUUUUGCGCAGUGGAAGAAGAUCUGGUGUGCAUAUUGACAGUUGCUGUCGGUGGUCAAUACGCUUUCCCAGUCGCCAGCUGUCUUAAUGUGAACAGUGUAGGCCUUGUCUUCUGUUCACAUGUCAUACAGCAAUAUACAUCGUUGUACAGCAGAUGGCAACCUCAUACAUCUGCAUGACAUGAUUGCACAGCUUCCAUCCGAAGAAGUCGAAGAGGUGCCUGAACUCAAUUUAAACCCAUGAUUGAGAAAACCAUGGACCUUUGGUCUGAACCAUAGUCUACACUUUGGUCUUCGCACUGCUAUCAAUUAGUUGUUGUUCAGAUUGUUUUGCUCUGAGUUACUAGAGUGCUUUUGUGACUGUUGAUCAAGAAAAAAUGCCCACUAAGAAGAAAGUGAUAGUAACAGGGUUCGAGCCAUUUGGCGGAGACAAAGUCAACUCCAGCUGGGAGGCAGUGAAGGAACUGAAGCGGUUAGGGCUCGGCAACUCAGUGGACCUUCACGUGCAAGAGAUCCCUGUUGAAUACCGGGCUGUGAAGGACCUACUGCCAUCGCUCUGGAAACAGCAUCAACCCCACCUUGUGGUCCAUGUGGGUGUGUCUGGGAUAGCCACCACGGUGACUCUGGAGCAGUUGGGAAACAACCUGGGCUACAUGCGUCCGGACAAUGUUGGCUACAGCCCAGAGUGUGGGUGUUGUGUGGUGGGUGGUCCCGAAACCAUCCACUCUGUCCUGGACAUGGAGGUGGUCCGCCAGAGGGUGAAAGAGUCUGGCCUCGGGGUCGCUGUGUCCACGUCACAGGAUGCUGGAAGGUACCUCUGUGACUACUCCUACUACACGUCUCUGUACGCGGGGCAGCGCAGGUGUGGCUUUGUGCACGUGCCCCCUCUGGAGGAGCCCUACAGCAGCAAGGAGCUGGGGCUGGCCCUCCAGGCCGUGGUGACGGAGAUGCUGGGGCUCCUCGCCAAGGCGGAGGGCACAGAGAAGUAACCACACAGCUCCUGCUGUCAGCCGCCCCAUGAACCCCCUCCCUCUCCCAGUCCAUGAGGCCCCGCCCCCCAGGCAGGUGUACCGAUUGAACCCCAUGCCCUAAAGGGGCUGGGACCCAGGAGGAGCCAUGGAUCAGGUGGGGGCUAGCUGUAUCAUGGGACCAAGACCAGAACUGAUGAACUACUUCAAUAAAACAAUUG